CGUCACAGAAGAGAGGCAGAGAGGAAGAGACUGAUUCGGGAGAGGAAGAAACGGAGAACAUGACAGCGUUUCUCUCCAAAUUCCCAGUAACACUGAAUGGGCGGCCUCCCUGCAAGCGGAUCAGAGUCAGUGCUGGGUUCAGUGAAGGCCGUGUGCUGUAUGACAAGUGGAGGGUUAUGCAGCGUGGCAUGCGGGAGGAGCAUCUCUUGUCCGUGUUUGUGAGACGAGCACCCACGGUUCAGACUGUGGCAAGGCGCAUGGAGAAGGAGGGCUGGAGUGGCAACACUCCCCAAGCACAGCUGGUGGUGUCCAAGUGGUGUCCACCCACUCAGACACAGGUGGAAAGUGACCCAAUCAUCAUGAAGAAGGUCACCACUCAGAAGUGGUCAGGUCUGGCCAUCAAGGAUUUUGGUGAGCCAAAGGGGAAAGGAGUUGUUGCCACCAAGCGGUUUUCAAAGGGCUCCGUAAUCUGCGAUUACCAUGGCAGGGUAAUCACGAAGGCAGAGGGGAAGAGAAUGAUGCAGAGCAUGGACAACGAGAUGGGCUACCUUUUCUUCUUUCAAGAGCUCUGCGUGGACGCCCAGACGUUCCCCUGUGAGUGUCAUCCGCACACGGAGACAGUGGGACGGCUCAUGAACCACUCGAAGAAAAGGUUCAACGCAAAGCCCCGUCGCUGCAAACUAAAGCUUCCCCAAGGAGAAACAGACACCAUCCUCCUCCUGGCCAGCAGGGACAUCGAAGUGGGUGAGGAGAUCCGCUUCGACUACGGCGUGUGCAGGCAGUCAUUCGCAGGGGAAGGACUGGACCUGGAAUGGCUGGAUUCUUGAUCCAGCACUGUACAGUGUAAACACACAGAUCCAUUUUGACCGGGGCAUGUGAAGUUUUGGGUGAGGAGGGCAGGCUGCAGCUGGAAUGGUUGGACACUUGCUCCAGCACAAUACAGGUGUGUAUGGUGGACAUUUACACAAUUUCUUAUCAAUUCUGUGCUCCUGCUGAAUAGCAUGUUAACCUAUGUCUCUCCCUCUCUCCUCCCCCUUCUUGUGGCCCUGGAGUCCUGGAGUCCUGUGUCUGUGACCAGUAGAUCACUCUGGAUCUGUGGUCUGAACAGAGGUGAGACUGAACCAGAACGGAGAGAAAAUCCUGUAUACUCACUGUGAGGUCUCCCUUCUAACCAGUAUCUCUCUGUCUCUCUCUCUAUCUCUCUCUCUCUCUGUCUCUCCUCCAACUUCUCGUGAGUGCCUCUGGACUGGAGUUCAGUGUUUCCCACCAGUGGAGCUACAAACUCAAUAUGGGAUCAUCCACCCGUGCAGUUGGAUUUAUGUUCUCAGUCAUCUUGAGACUCUUGAGACAAAACAAUUACCCUGCAUUGUUCCAAUUGAUAGCCAGGAAAAUGCUUCCUAGAUGAAGCAUGGCCAUCUUUUUACCCUCAGUAUCAACCAUUGAUCCCAUGUUACGUUGUGUGUAUUUUAUCAUGUGUGAACCCCUUGUCCCCAAACUGUCUUACGUAUUUUCUGAUACAAGUAUAUUUAGUUGUACUUUUUAUUUCAUUGUGUGUGGACAUCCCCUGAUACAAUAAAUACAAUUUCAUGGAAAAACAACUCUACGUUUCAUUAUACUUGGGGGAAAAGAGAGGGAAAGACAAGAAAUAAAAAUAUUCUAUUCUAAGAGUAAAAUAAACACAAUAUUUAAACUUUAAAGGGUAAAAUCAGGCCAGGGGGAACAGACUGCAGCUGGAAUCGUCACCUCACGUAACCCCAGUUUAGUGGGAGGAAGGACGUCACUGUUUCCACGGCGACGGCAA